GCCUGAAGGUGCGCUCGAAAGAGGCGAAACGUCGCGCAUGACAUCCGCCAGCUGGUCGCGUGAAAAUCACACGCGGAAACUCCGAAAAUGAGUACCGAAGAGGAACACAGUCUUGACUACAUCGAGGACCCGUAUUUCAACCCCCAGACGAGCACGGCAACCCCCAGUCUCGACGAAUUCGAUUACGACGUCCUCGAGACCGAGCUCGAAUUGUUCGAUCUGCGGCAAUUGGACUUCGAUGAGGCCAAUUGCAAUAGCUUGCCCCAUUGUGACGAAUCGGUUAACGUAGAAGCGGAAUUCUUUAACGUAAAGCGGGCCAAUGCCAUAAUCCGGGCCUUCUUCAAGAAGGACUUUAAGCGGCAAGUGCGCGUUACCUAUUGCGAUUUAACGAAACCAUACUUGGCAAAAUUACCGAAAGACAACAAUUUUCGCAAAUACUUAGAUAUUAGUGGCGAUGAAGAAGCGAUCCCUGUCGAUAACCACGUCGUUAACGACCUGUCGAGUCUCUCCAAUGAGGAGAAAGAACGACAACAAGCCUUAUGGAACGAAGAGCUGGCCCAAAUCGAGGACGAAAUCGCCACUCUAAGGACCGUCCUGGCCUCAAAAAUGCGGAGAAGUGCCGAACUGAAGCGCAACUUGGGGAUCACGGUGUGGAAGGAGGUUUCGGAGGACAUCAAUCAAGGGUUAAAAAAUGUGAAAGAGAGCAACGUAUAUCAGACCGUGGAAAGUAAAGUUGGUCAAGUAACCAAAGCUGUGACGGAUGCCCCGAUCUACCAGAAAACCACAUCGCUGAUUGGGGGAAUCACCGGAAACAUUACGAAUAAAAUCGGCCAGAUGCGCCAUUCCGAGUCGUUCCGCUCGAUAGAGGAGAAAGUCGGCAGUGCAUACGAAAAUGUGAAGACGAAGGUCGUGUCGCGUUCCAACUCGCAGCAGAGUUUGGACGAGGCUGGUAGGUCUCGGUCCGGAUCGGUGGUCACAAGUCCAACGAUCCCAGAGGAUAAGCCGUUGGCGUAGUUUUUAAAUCAAAAACUCAAAGCUGUCCCGGCCAAGAAUGCCUUCAUUGCUUUUCUGAAUUGGUCGUUACUAAUUUCUGAGUUAGUUUCGUUCUAGUUCCUUAGUUUUGGUUUAAGUUUAGCUUGAGAUAACCGUUCAGAAUGGUUGAAAGACUUAGAAGUAAGCUUAGGUUUUGUACAGAUUUUAGUUCUGAUUUAUAUUUAAGAGACUAUUUUCCAUACUGAUAUGGCUCUAUAAAGGUGUAUUACUAAUGUAAGCAUGGAUACAAUAAAAAUUAAGCGUCA